AUGAACUCACUGUUAAUAAAUUCGGGUGGAAAACCUAGUAAAUGGGAAAAAAAUAAACUUGUUAUCAUCCCUGCAAUAUUUAAAGAAAUUAACUGGGCUGAUCAUUCAAGCUGGCCACUUUGGUUACGUAUAGGACUUGAUUUAUUUAAUAAAAAUAAUUCCCGACCAUACAAUAUUCAUUUAUAUCAACGUCUUGAUCCCGAUUCAAAACCUCCAUAUAAUUGGCCAUAUUGUCAUAAUGUUCAUGAAGAAGCUGGUGUUUAUUUAAAAUUUAUUUAUGAUUAUUACUAUGAUUUACCUGAUAAAAUGUUAUUUAUUCAUGCUCGUCCAGAGCACCAUUCACUUUAUCCAAUUGAUGCAGUUCAAUGUAUUCGUGAUGAUGUUGCCUAUACAAGCGUUAAUGAUAUAUGGCUUCAGGAACGGCCAUGGGGUCCAGGACUUCGUGAUCCUACUGAUAAUCUUACAUUGAUGUAUAAAUGUGCUAGACGUUUAUUGACUUUGUUUGGUUAUAAUGGAGAAGCUCAACUUAAUCCAGACUAUAGCAUAUCACGAAAUUAUAGUGUUAUUUCGGCUAUGUGUUGUGCACAAUUUUAUGUAAGAAAAGAACGUAUUCGUCAUUACACAUAUGCACAAUGGUCAUCGGUCUAUAAUGCAAGUCUUCAACCAUAUUGUACAACUAGUCGUGAUCGUGAAUUACCUGGAGGACCCGGCAUAAAAUGGUUUGGUGGAGGUUUUGAACAUAUUUGGCAUAUUAUUCUUGGACUUGAACCAGCGAAUAUGCCACCGCCAAGAGCAAAAACAAAUACAGAUCUAUGUCAUUUAUUUCGUCCAUCAUGUAAAGGAACGCUAUGUGGAAAUGGGAUAAUCAAAUUCCUUACUCACUCGAAACCAUCAAAGACAAAUCACACUUCAGUUAAUACGACUUUACUUUAG